CACGGAGCAAUUGAUGUGGAGGGAUGCGGAAGAGCAAGGGCGGGCGAAUGAACACUCGGAGCCGAUUUCACGCGCUUGACUAACCAAUGCAGCACACACUCCCUACAAACAACGCGCAUAAACACACUAGGCCACUUUGGCACUCAUUCAUCUUUGUCCUCAUCCACCCCAUUGCAUCAAGCAACCAGUCGACUUAAUGGCGUCAACUUCCCUCUCAUUACUCCGCUCAUUCAAAGGGCCAUGGCGACGGCAGCAGAUGCUUGCCGGGGACACCUUAUCAAAACUCGUACAAAAGUCCACUACUGCCCUCAAGGUGUCAAGACUCUCUUCUGCAACUUGCCGCCAUGUCCGUAUAACACCCCAGACAGCUCCACAAGCACGCAUGCUUUCGACUGCCCACGCGACAUCUCCUUCGCAGCAGCCGCUCACAGACGGUAACGACCACGACGACCUUUCAGCCGCAUCUCAGAGUCCUACUGCAUCAUCACCCACCUCAAUCAUUGAUUCGCAACGGAUAAAGCUCGCCGCUGCUCGCUCUGUUACUCCACUGUCAAUUGCUCAAUGUCUCAAGCUUGGUCGAUCCCUAAGCACCAAGGCCCUUGUCAAGAACCUGACGUUUUUGAACCGUGAGCUGCCCGUCAGGUUUUCAAAGCGAAUCGUUGAGCUUAAUGGCCUGCCGACCGAACUGAAGGGGACGGAGCCUUUUGCGAACCUGAUCAAGAACUAUGCUGCUUCAUUCGAGGAACUACAGACAUAUUCCGACAACAGCCGCUUGCUGUCACUGUCGCCGAACGCCUACCAUCGUGAAGAUCUAGAUCUGGAUGAAAACGAGGCUCUACAAAUCGCGGUUCAAAACGAAUACGCGGAUCUUUUACAGGCUAUCACUAAUCGUCAUAAGCAAGAUGUGAUCUACAUGGCCCAUGGUAUCAGCCUGUUCAAGCGCUAUCAGAGCAAUCGCAACAGGCCAUCAGAGGAGAUCCAGACCUUCCUCAACUCGUUCAAUCGCGGUCGACUCGGGAUCCGCAUCAUGAUCGGACACCAUCUAGCUCUUCAGCACCAGCUUUACCAUUUGGAUGAACCUACGUCUUCGGCCUACCUUUCGACGCCAUCGACUGCUCACUCCAGGAGAAUCGGCAUCAUUGAGCCCCAGUGCGAUAUUGAAGCCAUGAUUCUGAAAGCUGCCCAGUCUGCGCAGUUUGUGUUCUUUCAGCAUUAUAACACAGUGUUCCCGCCCAAUGUACACAUCGAGCACGCGAAAGAGGUCGGUGGCAGGAAGGUGCGAUUCCCAGUGGUUCCAGCGCUCCUGCACCAUAUUUUGUUUGAGCUGCUGAAGAACUCGAUGAGGGCAACAGCCGAGUUUCAUGGUCUGGACAAAUCGUCAUAUCCAGAAAUCGAGGUUAAGUUGUCGUCAACAGCAGAAGGCCAUCUCAACAUCAUAAUCAAGGACCACGGUGGAGGAAUGCCACCCGCACAGGCUGCGAAGCCGUUUAAUUAUAUGUUUACGACGGCAUCUAACACCGUCAUGAUAGACUUUCCUUCAAUUAUGACGGCUAUUGAGAAGAAGCCUCAGAAUGCUGCAUUGGGAGAGAACCUGCCUCUCUGCGGGUUUGGUUUUGGGCUCGCUACCUCAAAGCUGUAUGCGCGACUAUUCAACGGCGAUCUGACGUUGAGCUCGAUCCCAGGCAGCGGAACAGAGGCCAAUAUACAUCUGAAGCGGCUCGAGGAACAAAUAGAGCAGCUGGAGGACAGUUAGGCAACACAUAUCCUUGCACGAGAUCAACUCUUUAUUAUGGUUGCCAUACCAUGAGGCCAUCACAGCAUUCAUUAUCUUGAUUCCGUCCGCAAGUGGAUUCCUUCUUGUACAUAUUCGAUCCUUUCCAGAACUCUUGUUCUGGCGCGCAGCGCUUAUAAGAAAUAAAGAAGCCGUUGUAGCGAGCAUAUUUGUAC